UGAGGUAGUAUAAAUUAAAAAUACAUUACAAAGGUGCUACAGUUGGGAAUCGAACCAUUGUUGACCGCGCGCGAGCGCAGUGCUCUCGCCACUGAGCCGACUGAGCGAUCGAAGGCGGAAGUGGUUGCUCUUAUGUAUACAACCGCUAGGGGCGCUGGUUCUGAAAACGUAAACACAGGUCGUCAUCCCUGCGUUUCAUUGGAGCACAGUCCGGUCGCAAAGGAGCGUUUAAGUUGUCAGCUCGGGAGCUGAGAGGUGAAAGUGCGUCGAGCCAUGAUGUGGACCGCGACCCUGUGCCUCCUCGGGGCUCUGUCCGUCCUCGGGGCGCCGCUGAACAAGCAGAGACAGAAAGUGCUGCUUAUCUCCUUCGACGGUUUCCGCUGGGACUACGACCGCGACGUGCACACUCCGAACCUGGACGACAUGGCCAGGGACGGAGUCAAGGCUCAGUACGUCACGCCGCCGUACCUCACCAUCACCAGCCCCACGCACUUCACCCUCCUGACAGGCCGCUACAUCGAGAACCAUGGGGUGAUUCACAACAUGUGGUUCAACACCAAGACGCAGGAGAAGAAGCCCUACUACCAGACGCAGUUCGUCAACGAGUGGUGGGACAACGGCAGUCUGCCCAUCUGGAUCACGGCGCAGAGGCAGGGCCUAAAAGCCGGCUCCCUUCAUUUUCCCGGCACAGCGUCCAGUUACCAGGGUGAGGUCGCUGAGGUGCGUGAAGUCGAACCACUGUUUUACAACUACAAGGAUGAGGUUGAGUGGAGAAAGAAUGCGGACAAGGUGAUGAGCUGGUUCAGAGACCAGGAUCUAGACUUUGUGUCCAUGUACUUUGGCGAGCCGGACGGCACGGGCCACAGAUACGGCCCCGACUCCCCAGAGCGCCGGGAAAUGGUCAAGCAAGUCGACAGAACUAUCGGCUACAUUCGACACUUGGCUGAAAAACAGAAUCUGGCCAGCACCCUGAACAUCAUCAUCACAGCAGACCACGGCAUGACCACGGUGUACCGCAACGGUCUGGUGGAGGAAAUCACCCUGUCAAAGAUCCCAGACUUCUCGUUCCGCGAUAUAUCGUUUCACUUGGUGGACUUUGGACCCUCUGGGAUGCUUUUGCCAAAGCCGGGAAAGCUGGAGAAGGUUUACAACGCCCUGAAAGGCGCACAUCCACACCUUCACGUGUACAAGAAGGAGGAGAUGCCUGAGCGCCUGCACUUUUCCAAAAACGACCGCAUCCUCCCCAUCGUUUUAUGGUCUGACCCAGGAUACGUAAUCAACGGGUAUAUCCCUGUUCAGUUCAACAAAGGAGAGCACGGCUUCGACAACCAGGAGUUGGACAUGAAGCCCUUCUUCCGGGCGGUGGGGCCGGCGUUCCACAAGAACCUGGAGGUGGGACCUUUCGAGACGGUGAACAUCUACCCCCUGAUGUGCCACAUCCUGGGUAUCGAGCCAGAGGUCAACGAUGGCCACCUGAACGCCACCAGACACCUGCUGGUGACGAAUAGGGCUGUGGAGGUUAAAAAGGAGGAUUUCCUGGAAAACGGCUUCAUUGGAAUUGCCGCAGUGGCCGGAUUUCUUGUCGUAGUUUUUGUUGCCUUGGCGACCCACCAGAUAAUCAAGAGAAAACGCAAGGAUACAGGAUCACAAGGUCCGAGUCGUCCUCCACAGAAAGAAAUUACAGCACAAACUCCAUUUUGAUUGUCGAGUUAAAGGGAAAAAAUUAAGUGGAAAUUUGGUGGUAAAAACAGCCACCUGUGGACAAUCUAUGAAGAAAUCUACAACAAACUACUUUACAAAGUUAAAAAACAUUGUUAUUGCUUCAAAAUGAAUUUUAAAAACACACAAUAGUGGCAGAAUCAUAAAAUAAAGUAACUACUUUAUUUUAUUUUAAUAGUUUGUUGUAUGCGCAAAAUCAAAGUGCAAUAUUUACGUAUAUAUUGUUACUUAUUAUGUCUCUGUGUCAUAAAUAAAGCAAAUGCAACCCAAAUCUACAGCA